AUGGUGGCUAACGGUGAUUACCCGUCGGACGACGACACCCCUCCUCAGUCGCCAGGCCUCGAGCCUCAGGCAGACGAUGCUGGCGCUGAACCACGCGCAAAGGGACCAGCAGCAGCACCACGAUCAGCUCUGAAGAAGACCAACGCAAUAGCAGCAGCUGCGGCAGCGAAACCCUUCCUUCCUGAACAACCGGAGCCAUCAACACUCGACGUGGCAUCUCUCACGCCUCUCUCACCAGAAAUCAUCGCUCGCCAAGCGACCAUCAACAUUGGAACAAUAGGACAUGUGGCCCACGGAAAGAGUACAGUGGUGAAGGCAAUAUCGGGCGUGCAGACUGUCCGUUUCAAGAAUGAGCUGGAGAGGAACAUCACAAUCAAGCUUGGCUAUGCCAAUGCCAAGAUCUACAAGUGUGAUAACGACGAGUGCCCACGACCCACAUGCUACAGGAGUUACAAGAGUGAGAAGGAGGUUGACCCACCCUGCGAGCGACCAGGCUGUGAUGGCAAGUACCGGUUACUACGACAUGUCUCCUUUGUCGAUUGCCCUGGUCACGAUAUUCUGAUGAGCACCAUGCUUUCAGGAGCUGCGGUCAUGGACGCCGCACUGCUACUUAUUGCAGGAAACGAAACCUGCCCCCAGCCACAGACCUCGGAACAUCUGGCAGCUAUUGAGAUCAUGAAGCUGCAACACAUUGUCAUCCUCCAGAACAAGGUCGAUCUUAUGCGCGAGGAGGCUGCGGCACAGCACUUCGAGUCCAUUCGAAAGUUCAUUCGCGGCACCGUGGCUGAUGGCUCUCCGAUCGUGCCUAUCUCUGCACAGCUCAAGUUCAACAUCGACGCUAUCAACGAGAUGCUGGUCUCGAGAAUACCGGUGCCAAUCCGCAACUUCCAGGACGAUCCACAUCUCAUUGUCAUUCGUUCUUUCGAUGUCAACAAGCCAGGUUCGGAGAUCGACGAGCUGCAGGGAGGUGUGGCUGGUGGCUCUAUCCUCACUGGUAUCCUUAAACUUGGCGACGAGAUUGAGAUCAGGCCAGGUAUCGUGUCCAAGGACGAGAAGGGUGCGAUUCAGUGCAAGCCUAUCCUCUCGCGCAUCGUAUCGCUUUUCGCCGAGAACAACAGCCUCAAGUUUGCAGUACCCGGAGGUUUGAUCGGUGUUGGAACUCGCAUCGAUCCCACACUCUGCCGUGCUGAUCGUCUGGUCGGUUUCGUCCUUGGUCUCAAAGGCAAGCUUCCAGAAAUUUACACCGAGAUCGAGGUCAACUACUUCCUGCUCCGCAGACUGUUGGGUGUGAAGACCGCGGACGGCAAGCAAGCUAAGGUUGCCAAGCUGGCGAAGAACGAAGUGCUGAUGGUCAACAUCGGAUCGACCGCGACCGGUGCCAAGGUCCUAGCUGUCAAGGCCGAUCUUGCUAGACUGCAACUCACUGCCCCAGCUUGCACUGCUACUGGCGAGAAGAUUGCACUUAGCCGAAGAAUCGAGAAGCAUUGGCGAUUGAUUGGUUGGGCUACCAUUGUUUCGGGAACCACCAUCGAGCCGCAAGAGAACAAGGACUAG